CAUUUAUCCGUUGCAAACCAAGAACUCUCAUUCACAAAAAGAAGAGAGAAUCUUUGUAAACCAUGGCAAAAUUAGUAGCAUUUUUCGCAAUUUGCUUACUCUCUGCAUCAAUUGUUUCAGCCACUUUUGUGGGCAACCCUUUCCUUGUGAAGGGAAAAGCUUACUGUGACACUUGCCGUUGCGGUUUUGAGACCCCUGCCACUAAGUACCUAGCCGGCGCAAAGGUUAGAAUUGAGUGCAGGCACAGGGUGACUGAGGCACCCACUUACACAGUUGAAGGUGUGACCAACUCUAAAGGAGAAUACAAUAUCUUGGUUAACAGUGACCGUGGUGACGAUGUCUGUGAUGUCAUCCUUGUUAAGAGCUCCGAUCCCAUGUGUGCCAAGCCCAAUGCCGGCCGUGAUCGUUCUCGUCUCAUCCUCACCCGCAACAAUGGUAUGAUUUCCAACACCCGUUUUGCCAACGCUAUGGGUUUCCUCCGCGAUGAGCCUCUUUCUAGCUGCACUCAGAUCCUCCAGCAAUAUCAAUUGACGGAGGACCAAUUUUAAAGAUAUACAAGGCGUUCUUAGUUGUGAUGAUGCUACCUUUACUUUUACCUUAUAUCAAAAAAAAAAAAAAAAAAAGUUGUGAUGAUGGUACCCUUAUGUUCGUCAUCGUUUCUGGAUGUUUUGCAUUUGUGUAUUUUGCUUAACAAUAUAUUUUAAUGGCUCGUUAAAUUUGUUACUACUA